GAACGCUGCCAAAACAGCAUCAAUCGUCCAUUGGCCGUAGAGCAUGCAUCCUUCAUGUGCUUGUACUAUCUAUUGUAUUACAUGGGUUAAUAGUCUCAGUGUUAUCAUUUCCAACACAGGACUCCGUUGAGAAUAACUCCUCCGAACAUUAUUGUCUUGCACGCUGGAACUUAACCACACCCUGACGUCGCUUCUCCUCCCGAAAUCUUCCCAGCAACCGCUACGCAGAUGGCUCAGCAUCAGAGGAAGCGUCGCAUACAUAGAAUUGCAACUGUCUCUUUCCCACAGCCUUGACCUUGAUACGUCUCCCAUUUCCUCUCUUACUCAAUGGCCUCUGCCGACGGCGCGUCUCCCCAUGUGAAAUCCCCGACCGAGCGUAACCUGAAACAGGUUGUACUGGGUGACCUUUUAUUCAAGACUUGGUAUCAAUCGAUCUAUCCCGAAGACCUUGUGAGCAAGGAUACAGACCGUUUGUAUGUCUGUUGCUGGUGUUUCUGUUACUCGUGCGACGUGAACAGCCAUGUGAGGCAUAUGCGACUUUGCGAACACCGGACAACACCUCCCGGCGCCCAGGUCUACGAACAUGGCGGAUAUUCAGUAUGGGAGGUGGAUGGAGAAGAACACAAGCUCUAUGCGCAAAAUCUCUCGCUCUUUGCCAAGCUGUUUCUCGACCACAAGUCCGUAUUCUUCGACGUCGCGACUUUCCUGUACUACAUCCUCACGUUCACCGAUCCUGAGAACCCCGAAAAAUACCAUAUUCUAGGAUUUUUCUCCAAGGAGAAACUGUCCUGGGACGCGAACAACCUUGCCUGCAUUUUGGUCUUCCCACCUUACCAACAUAAGCAGCUGGGAAAGUUAUUGAUGGGUGUUAGUUAUAAAAUCAGUGGCUGGGAAGAAGAUGCGGGUUUCAUAGGCGGUCCCGAGAAGCCGCUGAGUGAUAUGGGUGCGCGAAGCUAUUCCCGCUUCUGGCAAGAACGGAUCGGAAGGCGUUUGUUGUCGGACGAUACAGAUGCUUUUGUACAAGAGACACAGCCAGUCAAAGAGACUCGGAAACGGCAUUCAGCAACUUUCAUGACCGUCAGGGAUAUAGGGCAGGCCACUGGGAUGCUGACGGAGGACGUGAUUACGGCCCUCAGAGGAAUGGGCAUUGUUCAACCUGAGACGCCUUCCAAAAGGCGAAAGGCAAAGCAGGCUGCCCAUGAGCCUGGUCACUAUGUCACAAUCCGCAAGUCAGACCUGCUGCGGUGGAUAGAAAGUCGAAAAAUCUCACUACGAGAUCCGGUCAGGGAUGAAAGAUUCAUCGGCAGAUGGGCCUUUAGAGACACGUCUGAUGAGAAUGAUAGUAGCGCGGGUGAAGGGGAGGAUUCGCAUACUGCAUAAUGAUGUUUUUACUCUCGUCAGCCAGGUUGAUGAGUUCAUGAAUGAUGAUAAUCAAUGUUUUCUCGGGCCAGACAUUAGAUACCUAGACCUGUGUCUUUCCCAGGGACAUUCAGCUUUUGAAAGGAAAUAGCUAGAACCAAAUGAGGUUCUGUGGACUAUUGAGACUCAGCACGACAAAGGCUUCAAUCAUAUAAUUUACAAAUACCCAGCCCAAUAGAGU